AUGGCAGCGCAUCUCAAUGUGUUCUUACCAGUUUUAUUGGUUUUUAUGGCCAUUUCAUCAGGACCAAAGUUAUCAGAGUCUGCUAGAAUUUUCACCAUAAUAAACAAUUGCAAGGAGACAGUCUGGCCUGCAGUGACCCCAGGGGAGAGCUUUAAUGGUGGUGGUUUUAUGCUAAAACCGGGCCAGUCAGUCAUAUUCACUGCCCCAGUCAGCUGGUCUGGCAGGAUAUGGGGUCGAACGGGCUGCAACUUCGACAACAAAAAUGGCAACACUUCAUGCCAGACCGGAGACUGUGGCGGCACCCUCAAGUGUGGAGCUUCAGGAAAGACGCCAGCAACACUUGCCGAAUUCACAUUGGCAGCUCCAGACUUUUAUGAUGUUAGCCUUGUUGAUGGGUUCAACUUGCCAAUGGUUGUGACACCUCUGAAUGGUACGGGAAAUUGCAGUGUUUCGGGUUGCGAUGGGGACCUGAGGUCCAGUUGCCCAUCUGUGCUCUCUGUCAAAGCAAAUGGGAAGACUGUUGGAUGCAGGAGCGCCUGUGAUGUGUUCAACACUGAUGAGUAUUGUUGCAGAGGGGUUUUUGGCAACCCUGUUACAUGCAAACCCACAUAUUAUUCCAAGAUGUUCAAAGAAGCAUGCCCUACUGCCUAUAGUUAUGCUUAUGAUGAUCCAACCAGUAUCUUUACUUGCUCUGGCACAGAUUAUGUGGUUGCAUUCUGCUCAAACAGGAAGCAACCAGUGUGCACAUAUCAUAACCACAAGCUUGUCUGUAGUGCUAAUGGAUCAAAAGGUUUAAAGUCAAUGAGAUGGACUGUGAUGCUUGCACUGAUGAGCAGCACCUGA